CUUCCGUGAUCAGGGACUUGUCAAGCUCUGAUUGGUUUACAUCAGCACUAACGUUUGAAAGUGCCUUGUCCUCGAGUUUUACAUCCUCUCACUCAUGUCCAUAGAGACAGAACAAUGGUAUUAAUUUACGCUCUACGCGGCUUUAUCAAAUCAUUUUUGGUCGUUCUUUUGUGGUCCAAUUGCGAGGGUCGGGAGUCCGAGUUUAACUAUGUCACUUGCGGUUCGCUCGUGAAAUUGCUGAACACGAGACACAACGUUCGGCUGCACUCUCAUGAUGUAAAAUACGGCUCAGGUAGUGGGCAGCAGUCUGUGACGGGGGUUGAGAGUGCAGACGAUGCCAACAGUUACUGGAGGAUUCGGGGGAAGCCCAACGGGACCUGCCAACGCGGUGUGCCCAUCCAGUGUGGGCAGGCCAUCCGCAUCACGCACAUGACCACGGGACGCAACCUGCACACACACCACUUCAGCUCGCCGCUGUCCAACAACCAGGAGGUGAGUGCGUUCGGUGAGAACGGCGAGGGGGAUGACCUGGACGUGUGGAGGGUGCAGUGUGACGGCUCCAUCUGGGAGCGGGACAAGAUUGUGCGCUUCAAACACGUUGGCACCGACGCCUUCCUGAGUGUGACGGGCGAGCAGUACGGCAACCCCAUCCGCGGGCAGAGGGAGGUGCACGGCAUGGGCACUGCCAACCACAACAACUACUGGAAGGCUAUGGAGGGCGUCUUCAUUCAGCCAAGCCAGGAACCGUUGAGACACCAUCAUGAAGAGCUCUGAUGACAUCAUCAAGCCGCUGCGUCACGAUGAGCUCUGACAUCAUGACAAGCUCUGAUGACAUCACAAUGAGCUCUGAUGACCUCAUCAGACAUCAUCACAUAAUGUGCACCUAGGCUACGUCUGAAAUGGAACCCUGUUCCCUAUUAUAUAAUAUAUACCCACAUGACUCUGAUCAAAAGUAGUGCACUAAACAGGGAAUAGGGGGUCAUUUCAGACGCGGUCCUAGUCGACUGCAGGAUGACACUGAUGCAGCUGACUGGGUCAAGAUUACUCCUAUUACUUUGUAAUUACAUUUUUUGUAUACCCAUUACCCAACCAGCACCAACGUUGAUGACUAUUGACUACUGAAUAUAGGCUUACAUUAGGAGCACCAGGCUCUGUGCAGUCAGUCUCUGGUGACGUGGUCAGACAGGGAGUUGAGAGGUUUGUCUGACGACGAGAAUCAGUUGACGUUUAGAAUUUGACAUCUCUGAACAAAAUGGAAGUGAAGAAUUUUUGUCUUUGAUUAGUUUGAGGGAGAAUGUUGUCAGGCAGCUGCCCUGCUUGAGUCUGAUAUCAGAGGUAUUAGCACCCGCCUCCGGGGGAACAUCUAAGGGAAACACUGCCAUUUCCAGGUGAAUCUACUGUACCUGUCUACUCCUUAGCGACAGACUGCACACAUCCUGAUGCUAAUAAAAACAAGACAAACCUUG